AUGGCGGGUUCAUCACCAUUGUUGUCGUCUCAGCUCGACGAAGAAACUUCCAAACUCGCCUUCGACAAGAUCGUCGAACAGUCAUCGUCCGGCUUCGGAUUUCCGCAUCUCAUCCAAGCAAUCCUUGUCGGUCUGGCGAUGUUCUUCGUUUCGCAGCUGGCGUCCAUCAACAUCUACACCGACGCUUUUCCCACGUGGCACUGUAUUGACCGUUCGAUCUGCGAUCCUGCCACCGCCGACAUCUGCGAGCUUCCCCGAUCAUCCUGGGACUGGGACGGCGGCGGGGGUAAAACCGUCAUUUCAGAUUUCGAUCUCGAGUGUUGGAGCUCUUCACUCAGAAACAUGCCCACUACGGCAUUUUUCGUGGGUUGUGUCGUAGGAGGGUUUCUUCUGGCUAUGAUCCCGGAAAAUCUCUUCGGCCGGAAGAAUCUACUCGUCUUCUCGACGUCAUCAAUGUCCCUCACCAACAUAUGGAUCUACACUUCGUUUAAGUUCCUGAUCGGUUCUGUCCGUUCUUUGCUUGGGACAUACGGGUUUAUGGCUUUGUCCGGUUUAUCUCAAGUUCUUCAAAACGCGUCAUGGAGAGUCUUCUAUCUCUCCGUAUCCAUUUCUACGGCUCUCUACUCUUUAAUCCUUUACCUAUUUGCCUUUGAGUUCCCUCGGUGGUUGAAUAUGGUAGGGAGGAAUGAGGAAGCGAUGAGUGUGCUUGAAUGUCAUAUCAUGGUGUCCCCUUCGUCGUGGGAGAUAUAUAACUACAUCGACGAAACCCUAAACGGGCUAGUGGAGUUGCCUUCGUUCGUUCUUGCUCCGUUCUUGCUCGAGAAAUUCAACAGAAGAAGCUCGUUGCUCGCGAACAAUGUGAUCGGGAUAGUGUCUGGCGUAUCCUGUUCCGUUUUCGGCGUUUUUGGACGUGAAAAGGCCGCGUUUGCGUUUCAGCUCGCCUCCUCGUUCUUCUCGAGAACGGGAAUCAAUCUGAUGACGGUUUUCGUGGCGGAAAUGUUCCCGACGUGCGCGAGAAACUCUGCGGCAGCGAUGGCCGCACAAGCUCAAGUGAUCGGAGCGAUCCUUUCUCCGAUAGUUUCUCCGGUCGGAAGGAGCAAUCUGUUAGUUUCGGUAGCGAUUUUCGUCACUUCUGCGUUUGUUUUCAGCGUUGUUGUGUUGGCAAUGCCGGAGACAAAAGGUUCAAACCUAUGA